AUCCCAUGUAGUGUUUACAGUCAGAUAAUAGAUAUAUGACAAGUAGAAAAAGGUCGGAUGAGUUGUGACCUGACAGAUCUCUUGGCUCGGUAUAUAAAAACCACUGAAGCUGGUUUGUCUCCAGCUUUACCAUCGAUCAAUGUUUGUUUAACUCCCUCAUGACAGUUAACGGCGCAGCCUGUUAACACCGAAGUCACAGCGACAUCUGUUUCUUCUCCUGCAGCCAAACACUGGACUCCUGAUCCCCGGUGACCGGCGUCACCAUGCCUACUCCCACCAUCCUCAGGGCAACCAGGAGUCCUCGGAGAAGCUGUUAGGUUCACAGGCGUCGAGGCGUCAGUGAGCGGAUCAGCACUGACACCAGGAGGCAGAGAUGGUUUCCCAGUGGAGUCUCCUGCUGAUCUUCACACUGCAGGUGAACAAGGGACUGGUUUUCGGAUGCGUGUGUCCAGCAGCCACCUUUUUGUCCCAGUUCCCCUCUGAGGUUCCUGCUGGCGUCUGCUGCCUGAACUACUCUGGUUCCGCUCUCAGCCACGUGCACUGGUCUGUGUUUACCAAUGAGACAAACAUAGAGACAGUGGAUCUGUCCAACUGUAACAUCAGCUCUGUUGAUGUGAGCGGCAGGGAGGCCUCCACCCUGCAGAAGGUGGACUUGGCUCAUAAUAGAUUAACCACGUUGCCGAGGGGGUUUCUGUCCGGCCAGCCCAGCCUGAUGGAGCUGGACCUGAGUGGGAACCUGCUGCAGGAGCUCCCUGAGGGUUUCCUCCAGGACUCUGACGGCCUCCAGACGCUGCACCUUCAGGGAAACCAGCUGCGCCUCCUUCCCAAGUCCGUGCUGCAGAGACCAGGUCUGCAAAGGCUAGAGCUGGAGGGGAACCCCUGGGACUGCUCCUGUUUGCUCCUGGAGGCGCUGGAGGGAGGCAUGAAGGCCAACAGGACCACCAAGCUGCAGGAUCUGGUGAGCAACAUGACCUGCGCCUCUCCGGCUCACCUGGCCGGCAGGAACGUGUGGUCAGUGAGGAUCGGCAACGUGUGCCGCCCCGCUGGCCUCACCGCACUCUUCAUCGUGCUCCCACUCCUCAUCCUCGCCGGCUUGGUGCUGUGCUGGUGCUGCGGGAGGAAGAGGAGGAAGAAGGAAGCUCCUGUGUUCAGUCCCUCCAAGAAGAAGGCGUCCAACUCCACCAGCAACGGCCAGAAACAUCUCAGCAAGCAUCCGCCUGCAGCCGCUGAGCAGAGAGAAGCUGGAAGCGGCAGCGGCGGUGAGGGGAUUCUGAAGAACCAGCUGCUGCUACGUCCGGCAUCCGCCCUUCUGGGCAGCACCAGGGACAUCUAUGAGGAGGUGGAGAUCAAGCUGGGCUCAGUGGAGUCGCUGCCCUGCUCCAGCUCCACGGAGGGGAAGCAGGGCCCCCAGGAGCCCGACGGGGUCAGCAAGACGGAGCUGGACACGGUCAGUGUGACGGAGGUGAUGAAAGACUCGUCCGACAGGGAGAAGGCCUACAUGACCCAGUCCACUGAAUACUACAGCCUGGUUCCAGGCAUCGAGCUGGAGGACUCGGACCACGGAGACUACGAGAACGUCGACCUCUCGUGACACCAUCUUAAAGGACGAGCUCCACAUUGUAGGAAGUGGAACUAUUAGCUUUUCCUGCUGAGCUCCAUGUAAAGAUCAUCCCCAUCACAUGUUUGUGGUAAAGUGUUUUUAACUCCAUUGCUUGUUUAGUUGUAAUAUUUAAUUUUAUACAAAUACAAAUAUUUUGAAGCCAUGUUUUUGAGGCCUUUAAGUAGCCUAGCUUAGCAUAAUGACAACAUGGGAAAACUAAACUCGAACUGCCCAAAUUAAGAAAAUGAUAAAUUAAUGUCUCAAUGUAUCUCAGUCCAUCAAAUUAAUUGUAACACUUUUUUAAUGCCACAUUAAUUAAUUUAAAAGUCAAGAAAAAAAACAUUUUAAACUUUUUAAUAACUUCUAAGACCAUGAUUCGCCAAAGAAUUAUGAUUAAAGUUACAGUGGCUAGCUUGCUAAUUGUCAAUAAGCUAGCUCAGGGGUCGGUGAGUCACGCUAGCUGUUUCCCCCUGCUACCAGUCUUUAUGCUAAGCUAAACUGGUCAUCUACCGGCUUCAUACGAACUCACAGACAAUGAGAAUCGCACUGGUUGUGUGCAUGUGUGUGUGCGUGUGUACGUGUAUGUGUGUGUGUGUCAGUAAAAGCUGUGGACACAGGGACAGCGUGGUCCUAACCCACUGUGGUAUCACAAUGUAAGAGGAAGUGAUUUAAUCCACAGCUUUUCCUGUGGGACCUGAGGUGACGCACUGACUGUUUGAAAGAGGCCCACCUCUUCUCUCUGGAAAACAACCAAACGCCACCAUUUGUGGGUUUUUUCCAGUUUAACACCAUGAAAACCUGAACUUAAUGUAUCGAGUCUGCAAAGAACAGGACGUGUUCUCUCCUUUAACGCUCCCAUAUGCAGGUCUCUGGUUUCUCAUACAGGAAGUUCUGGAUCCAACUCAUCCAGCAGAAGCUGCCCAACUAGAAAUAUAGGUGAACAAUGACUAACCCCAUCAGUAUGUCCACGGUUCAUUUGAUAGGAAACGUGGAAUGUGAAGCUUGGGUGGGAAGUCUACAUUUAUAUACGUCAUUGUCUAAGCAAGUAUAGCAGGUCUGAAUCCUGCUGGUGCUUUGAGGCGCAAACUAAAAUGGAGAAGAACCCGACACUGAACCAAUCAUCAUGAAGACGCAGACACUUGUUAUCUGAGACUGUGGAGAAGUGACGGAGGUCUCACUCUCACACUCACUGGCUUUCAGAGCUGAUUGGUUUGUGUUCGGUGAGACGGAGGCAGCGAGGGUGCAGCGAAGGGCGUGGAGCUUCCUGGAAUUUAGAAGACAGGGGAGUAUGUUCCAGACGGGUUUGCACAUAUUUUCCAUCAAAGCCUCAAAUAUUAAACAUUUUUAAAGGUUCACUCCAAAUGUCACAAAGCAUUUUGGUCAAAAGAUGACCUGACAAAUGAGGGAAAAGUUGAGAUUUCUGCAUAGAUAUCUUGAAAGAUUUUCUUUUCGUAUGUAAUUUGAGAGGAAAUCUGGGGUUUUAUCUUCCAGGAGGACAUUUACUAAACUCUGCAACUCGAUGGUGCUCAGCCCUGUUGGACCUUUUGACGUGUUGCAAGAUAAUUGAUGUUUAAAGGUUAAAACUAAAUUUCAAGAAAUUUAAACAGCCCUCAGACGUCGUUCAUCGCACUUCCACUGCUUUAACCUGCUUUGUUCACCUGCUGGAAGUGAAAGGUCACUUUCUGCUUCUUGUGUCUGAAAUCAAGGUCUCAUUGUUUAAAAACUAACAUGAUUUGAUGGUUUAUAAGAGCAGAGAUUUAAUUAUUAAUACCAUAAUUAAUUUCUGCCAACAGACACUGGAUCUUUAAUAUUGAGUGGUGAGGGACUCGUGACCUCAGUGUUUCCAAAAUCCCGGGAUUGGAAAAGUGAAAUAAGGCAUCGUUUUAUUUUAUAGACACAGUAACUUGAAUGACUCCUUCGUGUAAAAAGAAAAUGUGUGAACUGCUACAACAUGUAAUAAAAGCAUUGGUUUUAUGUUUGUACUGACAGAUGCACUCUCGAUUGUUUUUAAAUGCAACAGCUUUAAAUAUCAUCGAAAGAUUAAUAAAUGCUUUUUACUUUCAAA